GCGGGGCACAACUGAACAAUGCGUCGUCAUUCGACCCAUAACAGUUUCGACUGAUGGAAUUAUUUAAAAUCAAUUGUCGAAAAUGAACAUAAAUUGGUCUUAUCUAGUGUCAAUCAUCAGAGGAACAGAUCGUGCUCUUGCUAGAGCGGAAUAUCAAGCAGUUGACUGGAAAAUAAUACAGUGAAGUGUAAAGUAAACAAAAGCACUGAUUUUAUUCCACAUGGUUAUCAUGCAUCUUGCACCGCUGGUUUCUGCUGCUGGAAGCAGAGAAUGACGUCCGCCAAGUAACUGAAAGAAUUGCCUGCUGCUCUGGAUAUUUCUUGGUGUGAACAUAAAAUCUAUUGAAAAAGAUUAAAGCUCUUGUGUUGUCUAAUAUUCUCAUUUUCCCGCCUCAAUCGUCUGAUCGUAAACCCGAAACGAUUAUCGCUAAUGCAAGUACGGAGUCUGGAAAAGAUAAAAAAAAAAGAGGGAGAGACAGUACAGCACAUAAAAUAAAGAUUACAUAUAAGUAUAUUUGUUUAUAUAUUUGCAAGAAUAUAAAAGAUGAAAGAAGAUGGAACGAAAGUUAAGCGAAGGAGUCAACAUUUGAAAAUUGUCUUGAGGUAGUUGAGAAAAGUCGGAGAUCUGAGGACGGAUUAUAAAGCUUUUCUACACCUGUAUCACCUGUCAAGUGACUGAGGCUGCCGCAAACGUCUCGCAUUUCGAGAUAACACCAUACGGUUGCGCGUGACUUGCAUCCAAGGAUGCUACGAAGAAAAGACAGUAGUUGGUCGUGAUGUCUUGCUACAAUUGCUGUGGUUGUUGCUACGAGGAAGAAGACGAUCACAGAAUUGAGCAUUCAGGACUUUCGAGUAGUUACAGCCGUGCAAGCAGUACUUACAAUAAUACUGAUAACAGUUCAAACAGUGAUAACAGUCUCAGAAUUGCAUCGGGUAUCUCAGCAUUCUUAUCUCUUAUCAUCGUAUCCGUCGCUAUUGGUACGGGUGAGUGGCUUUUUACUGAGGAAAAGCUGCCGAAAGCUUUCGCGUCGAACGCCUCUGCCGAACCGGACAGUAAAGUUACUUACAGUGGCCUCUGGAGAGUCUGCGUCGCUACAACUUCACACAUACAGUACGAGUGUUCAAGUAUCGACUACUUCCCCAACGAAGAGUAUAGCCCUGAUCCCAGUGAUUCAACGAUGGCGAUACCUUAUGCUGUCACAAAGUCUGCAAUGUUCUUCUUCAUAGCAACAUUGCUACUAGUAGUUGCAGAAGUUUGCUACUUUGCUGCCCACGUAUCUCGUCCCAGGCACCAGCUGUGUGUAUUCGUAGCCGGUGUGGUCUUCACUAUUUGCGGUUUGUUGAUGCUCGUAGGAAUGAUCAUGUACAUAUCUGUAUUCAAAGCGGAAGUUGGAAGUAAAUUAAGACCUAGAUCUUCUUUCCAGGGUCCACCGUUCACUUACAGAUAUGGAUUUUCUUUUCUGUUAUACGUCAGUGGAUUUAUCACGACCGAGGUUGCCGGUACUUCCGCAAUAUUUCUCUACAUAUCUUGGCAUCAACGAGACUUUGGUAAACGAGAAUUAAGCCAAAAAAAUUGCGAGGAUGUUUAUCAUCUGAGUAAUCACGUUCAUCAGCAAAAUUUUCACCCCAGUCACUCUCAUAAUACUCACAGCAGUUUCUUGUGUGAGAGACAUCAAAAGCGAUACUUUUUCAGUAGAGAUUCUGUGGAUCAAGUGGAUUUCGAUGAAUUUCUUCCACCCCCUCCUAGUCUUGAUUAUCACGAGUACCCAAGACAAUUUCCACGAGACCUUACUACGCAGACGAUUAGUACGACGGCUGAUGUACUAAAUGAUGAGUAUGGGUCAAAUCUACAACAUGAAUUUGUAACGUUUGACUUUGAAACACCUUUUCCACCAGCACCGCCGGUCAAAGGUAGUAGUGAAUGGCCACUAGAAGCAUUUAGACGUACAACUCCUGUUUGAUACAGCGUUAGGUACGCAAAGCUUGUGGAAAAUCCUGCAAGUGACUCAAGCGACGAAAGUUCAGAUAGUGAAGGAGAAAAAAAAGUUAAAAUAAAAAAAGUCAAAGUUAAAGUACUGCUCACCCACCAAGACGAUGAGACACAAUUAAUUGUUUCCCCUUGAGUCUCAUUGUGACUUAAUAAUAAUUUUUAUUACUGCCACUAAACAAUACACAAAAAAAUCAAAGACAAUUAUAAGAAAAAAAAAGUUAUUAUAUAA